AUGAUGCAAGCGAGCUCCAAGACAGCGACGGCACCACAGCCAAGCAUGGCGGAGACACGGUAUCAGUUACCGACUACAGCAGCCUACUCGGGAAGAUUAAAAUACGCAGACCCACGGGACCUCCCUAGCUAUCCGUCCCCUGGUCUCAAAAGCGACGGGGCCGCCGCCGGGGCUGCCGCAUCCUUAGGCUGGGCUAACCAGAAACCCGUCAACCUUUGGAAACCCGAAAAGACAAACUCUGCAUCUACCGCAGCUGCGAUGCUUGCAACUGACUACAAGAUGACGCCGUCAUGGGAACCCAAUUCGAGCUCGGCGGGAGCUAAAGCCGCUCUGUUGGCGACCGCAUCCGCCAGGAAACAAGCGUCGACUGCGACGACAACGGCAGCUGGUCAAUCACCUCAGGAUUCGUGGGGAACUAGCGCGGCCAACGAGGCUUUCAAGCGAAGUCUCUCAGUACGGAAGCCCACUCACGCCACUUCUACAGACAGCCUUGGCUCUCUCUCAGCUGCCCAGAAUGCGAUGCCCGCACCAAGAAGGACGAGGCCACGGGCAAAGUCCACGCCUGUCCCCAAACCCAAAGAAUCUUACCCUGGUGAAUCUAGGGCCGCCGCCAAUGCUCUCAGUGCUGCAACUGCAGCUCACAACCCUGCAGUGAAGCCUAGAUCGCCAGUCGAUACUUCCGGCUCUGUUCCAUAUACGAACUUGCCACGCAAGAUGUUCACUGCAACUCCUAACAUAGGCCCGGAAGCCGAGGAGCAAAAGAGGGCCGAUGUUCUCCAUGCCUCUGCCAUUGCUAUGGCCAAGAAGAUGUAUAGCCAUCAGCAAAGAAUGGUUGACCAGACGCGCCAGGCUCAUCGGGAUUCAGAAGCGAUGAGCAGCCCCGAUGAUAACCAACCGAAACCCUACAUCAACUUACAAGAAGCCGCCUAUAAGUUGGCUCAAGAACGAUUGUCGAAGCUACACGAGGAGCAUCAGCGCAAUCGAGACUACCAGAACUAUUACGGUAGCAAUGAUUCCACUCAGCCCCAGCGAAGGUUUACCAUGAAGGGAAAGCUGAGACGGCGAUCCUCGAGUGACGGCGACAUCAACAAAGACAGGGAACAGUCUGAGCACAUUCGAAGGCAGAUGUCCAUUUUCUCGUCCAACUUAUCAAAGGUCGAUGAGCAUAAGCGAGCAAAAGAUCGUGAGGCCUUGCUAGCCGCCGCACAAAAGAACGUUAGAGCCCGCCUGCAAGGUAUGGAUGAAAAGAUAUCUGCCGAGACUGGAAUGGUUCCCCCGACUACUAUGAGCGACUGGGAAUUCAAGGCCCAUCUUAUUGCUCAAGCUAGACACGAGUCUACGAAUGAACACAAGGGCAAGCUGGAUAUUGGUGGUGGAAUGUAUAUGGACCAAGCCAUCAUUGACGAGAUUGCCGCAAAGAAAGUCCAGCCGGUUCUUGAUGAGAUCAAUGAAAGGGCCGCGAUGGAAAGGGAGAGGCAAGAGCUUGCUAAGGCUGAGGCUGAAGCAAAGAAGAUAGAUGAAGAGAAGAGAAAGGAGCGCGAGCGAGAGAUUAAAGAGAUUAACCGGAAGAUCCGGGAGGCAGACAAACAGGAAGAAAAGGAAAGGCGGUACCGUGAGAAGCAAGAACUUAAGGCCAAGAAAGAAGAGGAGAAAGCUGCGAAGGCGGGAGAGAAACGGAAAUCCAAACUCUCAGAGAUGUCACCUGGAGACUUCGCAGAUGUACACGAAACCUCCCAACAUCAAGAACCGGGCGACGACCCAGACGCUUCUGCAGUAUCGCAACGGGGAAGCCACUUCAAGCCGACCAUAGAUACCCAGAAAGAAUUUCCUAGUGGAGGCGAGAAUCCGCGGUCACCUAUUGAGAGCGGCUCCCCUACGCACAAGGUAAAGGAGUGGCUCAAAUCACGGUUCUCGCGGCCACGAGGUCGUUCCGCAGCCGGAGAAAAUCCUCCGGAGGAAAGGGGGUUUAUCGGCGGCGUAGCUCUUACACGACUUGCAAACGAGAGCGCUACAAGUCUAGACGCGAGGUCGGCUAGCAUGAGGGAGGUUGCCUUUGCAGGCAAAAGUAACACAAAUCAUGGGCGUGACGCCUCCAGAUCACCAGUUACACACGAGGAAAUUGGGGACAGAAUCCUGGACUCCAAGAAUGUGAGCCCGGUCAGUACGGAUGAUGAGUCGGAUCGAUUUGAGGAGGCGAGGGAUGACCUCGAGGGGCCGAUCUCGCCGCCCGUUCCUAUUAGAGACCCGAGCACUCAUAAGAGCAGUAGUCCCAACAGGGACUCGCGAUUUAGGGAGAUGAUGGAAUAG